UACUAGCUAGUACGUUGAGCAAUUUCAAGGUAGUAAUAAAUUCCAAUAAAUAAUCUUAUCUAUUUCUUUGACAAUCCUAAGCCUCGGAAUUUCCUUCCCAGAGAUUUCCAACAUCUUUCCCAGUUAUUUGUAGCCUGAUUAAGCUUCAAGAAAUAAAAUAGUAAGAAACAACCUAUACUUUAUAGCAUCUUUAGCCGGAAAAUUAAAUGCAAGGUCCUUCUAUGGAAGGAUCACCUCACCAAAAACUGCUGCAUUUCACUAGCCAGGAAGCAGAAGAUAUAGAGUCAAUGUGUGAAAAAACAGAGACAUGUCCACGUCCUGACUCAAGUUAUAAGCUGAAAUUAUGGCUCCAAAUAUCUAUCUUUACAUUCUUGGUCCUCUCGGGCCAGAUAGUUGUAACGCUGCUGGGUAAAGUUUAUUACGACUACGGUGGUCAGAGCAAAUGGAUAGCUACCCUUGUACCUUUUGCUGGUUUUCCUGUACUGCUCCCUCUUCUUUGCUUUUAUUCCAACACAGAUAUUAAUAAGAACGAACCACAACAAGUUCAUUAUAUAGAGCAGUCUUCUUCUAGUUAUAAUUUGGUUUGUGCAUUAAUUUGUGCCUUUCUUGGUUUACUUCUAGCAGCAAACAGCUUGCUAUAUUCUGUUGGUUUACAAUACCUACCAGCUUCAACUUAUUCCUUAAUUUCUUCCACUCAAUUGGCGUUCAACGCCAUAUUUUCUUUCCAUUUCAAUGGCCAAAAAAUUACACCACCUAUACUAAAUUCCGUCGUGCUUCUUACUUUAUCUUCAGUGCUCAUUAUUUUCCAAAAUGAGUCGUCUACUUACGACAAAGAAAUAUCUUUACAUGGAUUUUUGAUAGGUUUUUUGGCCACAAUUAUUGGAGCUGCUGGCUUUGGCUUACUUGGUUCUUUAACAGAAUUAACAUUUCAAAAGAUAUUAAAGAAUGGAUCUUUUAAAGUUGUUAUGCAAAUGACAAUUUAUCAAUGCUUUAUUGCAACUCUUGUUGGUUUAACAGGGCUUUUUGCUAGUGGGGAUUGGAGGAAUUUGGAGAAAGAAAUGGAAGAGUUUAAAUUAGGGAAAGUGUCAUAUAUUUUGUACUUGAGUUUAGGAACUAUUUAUUCUCAAGCACAAACUCUAGGUUCUAUUGGAUUGAUUUUCAAGGUAUCUUCCUUAUUCAGCAAUGUGAUUUUAAUACUAGGGGCUCCUCUUACUCAAAUAUCAGCUGUUGUACUAUUGCAUGAUAGUGUAAGUGGUUUGAAGUUAGUUUCUUUGGUUUUAGGGUUAUGGGGUUUUACAUCAUAUUUGUAUCAGCAGUAUCUUGAUAGUUUGUUGGCAAAUGCUGUUGAAAUUAGAACCUCUGAUCAUGAUGUUGAUGAAGUAGAGUCCCACUUAUGAAGAAAUUUUCUAUGGAUAAUUUUGUGUUAUUAGCC